AAGUUCAUCCACUUCAUUUCUCGUGAACUCAAACUUAAACCUAAUCUCGAUGGGCAUCAUCGGUGAAGAACCAGUUCUGUCUAGACUAGAUCGAUUAGACAACAUGCUAAGGCAGUUGGAGGAAAUGAGAGGGAGCAAUAAUAAUGACCAUUACAACAGGUCUCCCAGCCCAAGGAGUUCGAGUGCAUCGACCCCAUCAAGCGGGACGUUGGCCAGCACACGCACCGACGGUCAUCUGUCGUCGGCGUUUGAUUUAUCGCCGACGGCUAAGAGUCUGGAGAAGUACUGCCGUCCCGUGGAACUUAUGAUGGUGGAGACUCAGACUAAAGGGACGCUCAUUCAGCGGCUGGACCAAGCAGAGGACCGCCUACUAAAGCUGUGUGUGCAGAUGGAGGAAGAAUUAGAGGAGAAAAAGAGGGAAGCGGGCAAUGAGGAGAAGGGGCAGAAGAAAGGAAUCAAGCACUUUGUGAAACAAUGUGUCAUUGGGCAACGCUCCCAACACAAACGUGGGGAGUGGAAAGUAGGCAAAGAUGGUUCAAAAAUAAAAUAAAAUGAAAAACAACGUAUAAAUAUAUUUAUUUAUCAUGCACGAACUU